AUGUCAAGCUUGGACGUCAGACCGAGAAGCGGUGGGGCCAUUAUAUUUAAGUGUUUAACAACUCGCUGUGUGCACUUGGACCUCCUUUGUAGUCUUGAUACAGAUUCUUUCCUGCUGGCCCUACGCCGUUUCACCGCCCGCAGGGGCACUCCCUUCGAACUCUGGUCGGACCAAGGUACCAACUUCAAGGGAGGAGAGAGGAAGUUCAACUCAAUCAACAAAGGAUUCAAUUCCAUUUCAACCCUCCCCAUGGCCCUCAUUUUGGAGGAAUAUGGGAAAGAGAUUCGUUCUGUCAAACAGACCUUGCAGAGCUCCCUAGGCGCCCAACUGGUCACUGUAGAAGUCCUGCACACUUUGUUGAUAGAAGUGAAAAAUAUCCUUAACUCCAAGCCUCUUGGCUAUGCAUCCUCGGACAUUGCAGAUCCUGACCCAGUUACCCCAAAUCUUCUGAUGGGGCGGCAAGAUUCCUCCCUGCCUCUGGUCUCUUAUCCGAGCUCUGACCUCCUUAGUCGCGGCAGUGGCGUCAUAGCCAGGUGUUGGCAGAUCACUUUUGGGCCCAUUUCAUUAAGCGUUACCUCCCCCACCUUCAAUGCAGGCAGAAGUGGCAAACACACAAGGAGAAUAUGCAAGUUAAUACAGUUAUGAUCAUGGACCCACA